AUGUUAAAGUGGAUAAAAGUUCGCCAGAACACGUCGGCGAACACGCCGACGCCGCUCGAUCACGGGAAGAAGGACGAGAUGGUCGUGGCAAAGGUCGAAGCUGUAGAAGCGGCAAGAGAAGAUGAGGAAGACAGCGGUAUGGAGAGAGAGGACACACCGUCCAACAUCGAGUUGAACCAUCUACGAAAAGACCUUUUCUCGCAGCUGCAGUUUUCGCAAGAGAGCGCGCUGCCGCCCGACACGCUGCGCCGCGCUCUGGCCGAGAGCUUUCUCGAUCAGCAGAGGUUCCAGCUCGGAUUCAUGGACGACGCGGCAGAAUGUUUCGAGAACAUUCUUCUGCGUAUACAUCUUCACAUAGCGAGCGGGGAGGCGGAAGACAUGUGCAGCGCGAGACAUUGCGUGCCGCAUCAGAAGUUCGCCAUGACGCUGGUCGAGCAAAGCGUUUGCGGAGCGUGCGGCGCAACCUCGGAGCCUCUGCCUUUUACACAGAUGGUUCAUUACGUGUCAGCGUCAGCGCUGACGUCGCAGGCGCGGCAAACGCCGCCGAAUUCUCGAACGAGUUUGGAUCUGUUUGGCCAGCUUUUGCGGAGAGCCGGAGGCAUGGGCGACAUCAGGGACUGCCCGAGCUCUUGCGGCGCGAAAAUCCAAAUCUGCCGGACCCUGAUGAACCGGCCGGAAAUUGUUUCCGUCGGUGUCGUGUGGGACAGCGAACGGCCGUCGUUGGAGCAUAUCAUGGACGUUUUCGCAACCGUGGGAACGUCCCUCAGAUUGAGCGAUGUUUUCCACAGCGUGGUGGACUCGCGAUGGGGUGCCUCGACCGUGCACAAUCUCGUCGGAGUCGUCACGUAUUAUGGAAAACACUACUCCACUUUCUUCUUUCACACUAAACUGAAGGUGUGGAUUUACUUCGACGACGCGACCGUCAAGGAAAUCGGGCCGCGUUGGGAGCAGGUGGUGGAGAAGUGCCGAAGAGGCAGAUACCAGCCGUUACUUCUGCUGUAUGCAACUCCUGGUGGAACGCCGGUGAAUACGGAGAACGCGCCGAAAACCGUGACGCCGUUCCCGAACGGGAAUGGACUGAAAACACCGCCGAAGAAUAACGUUCGACGAUCGAUCACACCCAGCCCGGAAAAACCAUCGAUCAAUAGUACUGCCAGACGUGCCAUCACACCGAAUCCCGACAGUCCUCCUCAUUCUUACACGCAACGCAGGAUCUACAGCGACUAUCAGAAUCUGACGGAUAUUCAGAACAACAUCUUUGGAAAUCAGGGUGUCGACACCGUCGACGGAGACGCGGAAUCGAAGUACAUCAGCCGACGCGCUGUAGAGAACGUGAUGCAGCAACAGAAGAAGCAGCAAAUGCAACUGACACGCAGCCUGAGCGCUGGUUCGACGCCGCAGGACGCCAUCAGUAUUCCUGAUCACUUGAACGUGCCGCGGAGGCGAGAUUCCGGAAACUGGUCCGGCGAUCGGAACAGCGCGUCCUCGAGUUCCUCCACCACGAUGGACAAUCCGUACUUGUACAUCGUUAACAAAAUGCAGAGAAACUCGGGCGUGCCGAAAAGCCCGACCAGCAAGUCCGGCGAACUUUCCAGCAGCAGCAGUGGCCACUACGACGCCGGAUACGACUCGUAUUCUUUGUCCUCCACGGACAGCCUUCCGCUGCAGCAAGGGCUGAAGCAUAAUCUACAGCUUGCCCAGAUCCCGGAAGGCUACCAAGCUUCCUCAGGCGACGACUGUGAACGCCUGUGCAAGGAAACCGACGCUCUUUUGGACAAAUCCCGAGCUGCUGAAGAUGCGGGCGACCUCAGCACCGCGGUCGCUUUGUGCAGCGCGGCGAGCAGCAAAGCCAGAGCCGCCAUGGAUGCACCGUAUAACAACCCUCACACCAUCAGAACAGCAAGGAUGAAGCACAAUACUUGCGUGAUGAGGACCAGGAGUUUGCACAGAAGAAUGUUGCAGGAACAGGCGACAGUUAAUGGGGAAAAAGAAGAAGGUGCGCCAGAAGGAAGACACUCGCGAGAAAACAGCAAAUCCGGCCAGCACUCUCGGCAAAGUUCCAGAGACAAGGGGAACCAUUCUCGACAAAACAGUCGGGAACUCCUAGUGAAUCCCCCAUCCGCAACUGCCGACAAGCCGGCCACCAAGAGCAUCGAGAUCUACGCUACGUUGCCAAAAAAGAAGACACUGCGCAGCAAGGCGACCGCCGUGAACGUAAUCGAGGACGAGGAGUACAUGUUGUAUGAUCGACCGAUACAGAGGACGGGUCUGUUCAGUCGUACGAAACGUUGCGACGACGACAAGAAGGACAAGAAACGAGCUCGAAGCGAGGAGAGGAACAAGAACGUCUCCAAAGACUUCUCCGUCGCCCCGUCUCGAUCGUCUCCCGCGCCGAAAGGCGCCAAAGUGGAGAAAUCGAAGGAGACCGACACGAUCGCCAAUAGCGCGCGGAACGCUCAGUCGAACAACAUCUCGAACGGCGAGCAGAAACAAGGUAAGAAGCAGCACAAAAUUCGAAGGAAACUGUUGAUGGGCGGGCUGAUCAAGAGGAAGAACAGGAGCAUGCCGGAUCUACGAGAAGGUCAAGACGGACAGACGAACGCAAGCGUGGAGGGGACCUCGAACGCUUUACCGAAGCAGUCGGUGGACGAUUCCAGCGUUGGUUUGAAGGGCAACGAGGUGUGCCAGUCUCUAAGUGGCUACCUGUCCGAGGGACACCUAGAGUUCACUGGGAACAGCAACGGUAGUCCGGGCAGCACCAGCAAUCCAAACUUGGAGAGAAGUCGUCUGAUGAGGAAGAGCUUCCACGGCAGUGCCGGUAAAGUGUUACAUGUGGCGAAGGUCCCUCCGCCUCCUCCGCUCAGGACCACUUCUCAGCUUAGCAAGUCUAAGUGUUCGGGCGAAGUGCACAACGAGCAGCAGCCGGAGAAAUCGGUCUACUCAACGUCAGAGAGUCAAUGUUCGUCCAACCCAUCUCAAGACCAGAAUGGGGCGUACUGGAAUCACGUGAACGCGACAAACUCGACCGGCGGUGCUAAUCGAACCUCCAACUACACCGAUUACUCGUCCGAGUCUCACUCUCUUCCCUUUCUGCCUUCUUACGGCAUCGAGCAAAACAGCGGGAACGUGGCAACAUCUUGUCCGUCGAACUACAACAGCAAACCUAGAAUUCAGGAUGACGUGGUGCAAUAUGCGAACGGUAUCCUGUACGAGCCCACGUUUGUGGUUACGAGGGCGGACGUGCACAACGAGCAGAGCCCCGUGAAACAACCGAAUCAGCUGGAUCCUUUGCCUCCGUAUCCCGAAAACGGCAAUGUCUCCCAUUCGAGGCAACCCAGCGAGGACUUUCCUCCUCCGCCGUAUCCUUCUAUUCAUUCUGUGUCUCACUCGAGGCAAGCCAGCGAGGACUUUCCACCGCCUCCGCCACCAAUCGACGAAAGUUCCAGUCACAUUCAGGAUCAGCAACAAUAUCAGCAGCAACAGUACCAGCAUCAGUACCAGCAGCAACAGUAUCAGCAGGCUGUUUCUAUGCAGCAGCGCCAACAGCAGCUGGAUAAUCAGCAUAUUGGCGGUUUACUGUCCCAGUUGCAAAUGAAGAGAGAUCAGAUCCUAACCUGUGAAGCUCCGAGAGACGAGAAGAAGCCCGAGGAACAGGAGGACGAAGAGAAAUCAUCCGGAGAGACUUGGUUGCGCGAACUGCAGGCCAAACAAGCGGAAAGAAGGAUGAAGAAGCAAGGUCCUCUUGAACAGGAUGUCUCAAAAGUUAGAUCGUCCGGUCCUACGAUCUCUGGGCCGACAAUCGCUAGGAGAACGAGUGACUUGAUGAUGAACAGCCUUGGUCAAAGCUACGAUCAGUCGAGUCGUGACGUGACCGAUUGUCCAAGAGUGGUGUCCUCCGUCAAAGACAUGGCCGCUAGAUUCGAGCAGAUCAAGCUGCAACCGGCCGCCAAAUCUGAGUCUGACCAAAAGAUUCCGACGAAGCAGAAUGUGAACGGCGUUUCUCCUUCUCCGUUGCUGGACGCUUCGCAACACGCGGACGUUCAACACGCGGAGGAAUCGAGGCCAAUGAAGCUAUCCGCGGAGAAUUUGACGAACUUUACGAAAACCGAGAGCUCGUCGAAUCAGUCGCUGAUGAAUUCGAGCUUCGAAUCUAGCUCCAGUCAGAACAGCUUCAUCUCGACCACAGCCCCGAGCAACACCGUGCAAACGCAGCAGAACGGAUUGAAUCAGGCGAUCAUGUCGAUGUCUCUGACGCUGCCGCACGAGAACGGUCUGCCUAUCGAUUACCCCGAGGACGAUAUCAGCGAGGUCGCCAUGCAGAAUACCAUACAGAAUACGACGAUCUUGCCGAGCGAGGACGACAUCUCGCCGAGGAAGAUGAAACGACGAAUAGGAAAGAAGAAGAGCGUGUCGUUCUGCGACCAAGUGGUUCUCGUUGCGACGGCGGAGGACGACGAGAAAGACUCCUACAUACCUAAUCCAAUUCUCGAGAGAGUUCUCCGUUCGGCGAUGAACAAACCGGAGACUGCCCAAGUCCUUCGAGAGAUUCGAAGUCUUCAAGAGGCGGAGAUGAACAGAGAGAGUUGCACCGCCACGAAAUUCCAACAGCAGACUCUGCCAUUGAAAAGCGAGGCGGACAGCGUUCCCGCGACUCCUUAUCAAGAUCAGUUGAGAAGCGUGAAUCCUAUACCGAUACCGGACACGAUCAAGCCUACUUUUGCGAGGCAAAACUCCAACGAGUCGGUGGGAUCGUUGUCGGACAAGAAAUCGUUGUGCGGUUCUUAUGGCAACGAGGGCCAGGACGUUGUCAGGGACACCUACUCUGGGCUUCCCAACGUAUCUAAACCACCAACGUCGUACUCUCCUCAGUUGCAGCAGCAGAUAAGGUAUUCCCAAAAUGGGUACAUGCCGUAUUUGCAGUCUCAGUCGACGUACCCUCAAGCGCAGACGUCUCAUCCGAGGAACCAGAGCAUCCCGCUGUCUCAAACGCAAAAACCAGCCAGCCCUUACCCCACUCAGAUUCAGUACGUGCAGAACAACGUGCAGCAACAGAAGGCAAUAUGCCAGAAGACCUCCUAUCAGACUUACUACCAACUGGAGCAGCAGCACAAUCAGAUGAACAAGCAAAUGUCUCAGCAGCAACAACCCAACAUGAACCAGAGGAUCGCGAGCCACAAUGCAAGCCCGAUAACUGUUCAACACGCUCAACAACAGUUCGCGUAUCCAGCGACUCAGUCCCCCAGCCCUUAUCAGAACCAGUACAGCCACAGUUCCUAUCAGGGUUACCCCUAUCAGUCUGUUCCUCAACAGAACAGAAUGAGCCAACCUCUUCCACAGUAUCAGCCGCCGCCGAAUCCACCGUCUUCUUAUCCGCAACAGCAGAACAUGCCGAAUUACCAACAGAGACACGAUAAUUAUCAGAGGCCAGCUCAGAAGCCUGACCAGCAAAACAUUCUGGCACCGAAUCAGACGUACCCAAACGCGUUGCAAAACGGCCAGAUACAGUCGAAUAUGAAGUAUCCGACGUAUCAACAUCCUCCCGUGUCGAAACAGAGCAAACAGAUGCAUUUCCUGCCGAUGUCGAAGAGCAACGCGGCAGUAACGCAAUCCGCGUCCUCGUUGCAGAAGCCUGCGAUCGGUGGCCCAGCGAGAACCGCGCCGUGUCAUCUCUGCCGGAAGAAACAAGUGACCGAGCCUGCCAUUUACUGUACCGACUGCGACUUUUACAUGUCUCGCUUCCGGCCAAAGAACUGAAGGGAACUUUGUCCCAUCCGUUGACGCGCGACCGACAAAAUAUUGUUGAAAGGACGAGUCGGUUUUUUGUUAAGAUGAUCUUUUCGUUCUAGGUGAUGUAUAGAUGAAGUUUAAGUUUGACGUGUAGGAUAGUCCUGUCUAAACUAAGUUUCUUUUUUUGUUUUGUAUGUUAAAUUUUUCUGAAUGUUCGAAGAUUCUGAAAGCAAGUAUUUGUAUUAGGUAGAUUAUAGGAAAUCCGAGAUUUCUCAUUUUUCUUCUUUCGACAGCAGCUGAUUAGUGAGAUUUCCAAGCGUCCGAUUGAACUCGAAUCUUGAAAUCUCAAAGUCUUCGAAGCCUCGGAGGCUUGAAAUCUCGAAGUCUCGAGGAUUUAGAACCUGGAAAUUUUCAACGAACAUGGACGAGGUGUCCGUGUGUCAAAUCAGCAUACGGUCGAGACAGGUAAUGCGUGUUUUUACGAACACGUGACUCUCGAUUUCGCGAUUCACUUAAAAUCAGUCGCAAAAAUUUCUGCGUCCCGAAUGCCAUCGAAAGAUCGAAACUUCAGAGUGCGUUGAAACGGAGCGAGUUGAAACUUCGUCGUCGAUACGCAUACGAAAUUCUCUCGAGUUCACUCGAGGCAAACUUAUGAUUGAUUUUACAAAGGGUGACAUCGAGCCACCCCUCCCCACUUUUGUACAAAGUUAAAUUAGUUGUAGAUUUGUAUAAUCGAAGACCUUCAGUCGUGCAGCUAUCAACUAUAGAUACAUACUCGUUGUACCAUUGAUUGUGUACUUAGCGAACAUUUGUAAUUUAUAGCGAAUCAUAUUAUAUAGAAAGAAAGAUGUAGUUUUCUCGUAUGUCAAUCGUGUUCUCGAGUAACAAACGUUUCGUGCUUCGUACGUUAAUCUAACGUGUAGCAAAUAUAGUUCUUUCAAUCCUUGUAUGAUUUGUACUGUUUACAGUUCUGUUGUACAUAGAGAUUAUUUCUAUGUAGCGUUUAUUUUUCUGUGUAAAAAGAAACAACAAAUAUCAACGUUAACCCUCUAUCGAGCGUCUAGAGCGUUAAAAAGUGCGAGCGUUUCUGUUUCACGCGUACGCAUACGUAUCAAAACGACGCGGUUGUAUUCCCGUUCGGGGAGGACAGUUUGUCAGAAUUGUGAUACUAGCCAUGCUCUACGUAGGGUCUUAUCGUUAAAAAGUUUAGAAAUCCGUGCCGCGAUGAAACGAUAGUCGGGUAGUCGCACAAAAAUCGAGGUGAAUUAGAGGAAGCGCGAAGGCAAUAUGAUCUCUGAGUUGAAAGCGUGAAGUUUAUAUUUUAUGUUCAUAGGCGUUGACGUUAUACAUAUAUGUAAUAAUUGUCAUGUACUUAACGAUUCCGUUUUAUUGUAACGAUCGUCUAUGUGUAUUAGAUCGAUGUACAAAUCCAAGCCCCCGUCUCCCCGGUUUUAUACAUUUUGUAUGAGUAUUUUGUUUUAAAAAUACUUGAUUUCCUCUCCCGUAUGUGACAUUGAAUAAAGCGCCGUCGAAAUAUUUCAAACACGUGUUUCCCACCGGUUCAUUUCGCCGAUAUUACUCGAAAAACCACGGAACGCUUUUAAAUAUUUAUGCGUAAAAAAAUUCAAAAAACAGGUAUCGACGAAUUCUUUUAUUUGGUAUAUUUUAUCGCGUUUAAUUUUAACACUGUCAGCGAUCAAAUUUAAUUAGAGUCU